UGAUUGAGUCAAUUUCAUCACUUUCGAAUUUUCGUUUAGCUUUCUUCAUUUUUUUUCAUCAUCAUUCGAGUAUUUCAUCAUCUGACUAUUCAGAUUUUCGAUAUUUAAAGCUUGUUCAUUUAUUUUAAUUUGAUUUUCAUAUUAGGCACAAAAAAAAUGAGUGAUUUUUUCAAGCCUUCAAAUUUUGAUGCUCCCGAUGAAUCGGGUAAUGUUGCUGGUCAUGGUACAAAAAAGAUCGAAAAUCAAUUAGAUCAAAAUAUUGUUCACGUAUCAUGUUCACAGAUUGCCCGUUUAACACGUAAAGAAGAUGGGCUAGUUCUGCAUCGACAAAAAGUCCAUACUGUUGUUGUCAUUGGUGUCGUGCAAAGCGUUGAAGAAGUUACGACCAAAAAUGUUUAUGUCAUCGAUGAUUAUACACCGGGUGGUCCAAUCGAAGUUCAAUACUGGAAAAAUACUGCUGAAGGUCCCGGUGGAUCAAUGCGAAUUUCGUUGGUACCACCGACCGUUUUAGAACGAACCUACAUUCGUGUGACCGGAAAAGUUUCCUAUAGUGAACAAAAACCAUUUGUUGUUGCUUUCCGUGUGGACGCAAUCAAGGAUCCGAAUGAAAUUCCAGAACAUUUUCUUCAAGUCAUUAAUGAUUCAUUGUUUUUGGAAAAACGUAAAAAUGUUACUGUCAAUGCAAAAAACAAAGGAGCUAUGGCUGGACCAUCAAACGUAAAUCAAAUUGGUGGCAAUAAUACUUCCAACAAUAAUAAUGGUGGUUAUACUCAACUUCAACGUGGAGUGUUGAAUAUUCUGUCCAAACAUAAGGAUUCACCAUCUGGUUUAAAACGUAUUGAAAUUCAUAACUAUAUGACUGGUGUCAAUCCUUCACAAAUUGAUGAUGCCAUUCAAUUCUUGGUAAAUGAAGGUCAUAUCUUCAGUACAGUCGAUGAAAAUACUUUUAAAGCUACUUUUUUCUAAAAAUUUUCCCAAAAAAAUUUGAAUUCAAUAAAAAUUUCAAUUUCAAUU